AUGUCUCUUAAUACAGGAACGAAGUCAGUUCACUUAAUUGUGGAUUCAGCCGCUUUUAUCGAGCGAGCCAAACUGGAGACUUAUGGUGAACAUUUACACACCACACAAUCUGUCCUUGAUGAACUUCGAGAUAAGCGUACCAGAUCCUUCAUAAACUCUCUUCCCUAUCCAUUAAAAAUCGACAUUCCUAUGCCGGAAUCAAUUAAAUGGGUAAAAGAACUUUCGCUAAAAACUGGAGAUUACCAUGUCUUGUCAAAGACGGAUAUCGAUGUCAUUGCCGUUACCUAUCAGCUAUAUAAAGAAGUAAAUGGAAACGAACCUGAUAUUAGGGACGUGAAACGUCCAACUUUUUCAGAUAAACUCUUUCGAUUUAAAAAGCCACCAGAACCCGAAAAUCAAUCAAAAUCGAAGACACCUCUAAAGCCCGAUAAUGACUUUAAUGAAAAAGAAAUUAUGGAGAAAAUUAAGAAUGAUUUGGGAGAAGCAGACCCGAACACACCGAAUUCGAACUCAGAUGUUGGUAUUACAAUUGAUGAGGAUGAUUUACUCUCAGACGAUGAGGAAGCUAAUAAAUCAAUAGAUUGUAAUUCCGAUGGCUCUGCUGAGAAUGAAUCAGAAGUUGAUGAUAGUGAUUGGAUUACUGCAGAUAAUUUUGAUGAAAAGCUCCUUGUCGGUCUAGGUUUUGGUGGCUUAAGAUUGGAUGAUGAGGUUGAAAAUUGUUCUGAUGGCUCCCCUGUCCCUGUCGCGUGUUUGACUAAAGAUUUCGCCAUGCAGAAUGUUAUGAUGAACGCUGGAAUUCCACUCCUGUCCCUGUCGGGCAAAAUCAUUAAAAGAGCUCGUACUCAUGUACUUUGGUGUGGAUCCUGUUAUGCGCACACAACAAAACAAGAUUCGUAUUUCUGUCGAAUGUGCGGUUAUCCAAGCUUGAGACGUAUUCCUGUCACCCUACACGAAGAUGGUCAGUUGGAGUUCCAUUUCUCGAGGAAAUUUGUUAAGAACCUUCGUGGAACCAAGCACCCAGUGCCGCGACCAAAGGGUGGGAAGCACGCCGACGAACCAAUCUACCGCGCAGAUCAGCGUCUUCCUGACAGACGUGCACCGAAACCCAAGAAUCCAAAUGUCCUCCCAAUGGGGGCCACGAACGGUCUUCUCUACAAUGAUGAUGACAGCGAUGAUGACAUCGGAGGUUUUUUGAUAGACAGUAAUGUUGAGGCCACUGGCGAUUUGGCCACCGUUGUCUUUCCUGCACAUGAUGUAAGCAGCAAGGCUGCCACUCAUGGUCUUCGAGCAGAUGGGCAAAUUGUUCCCGCUCCGUGGGAGAGAAAGGGGAUGGAACAUGGACUUAAACCUACUCGUUUCAAGGCUAAUAGGCCUGGUCGCCGACGAACUGGUGGAAAGAGAAAUAAACUCACCAAGUAG